UUAUGAUUGGAAACACAAGUGGACUCUUCAACAGAAGCAAGUAGGCAGUUCUGUGUUUUUGUCAGAUUCUGAAACCUAAGCUUUCUGUAAUGGCGGCCAUCUCAUCGAUAACCUCCACACCAUUCCACUCCCUAAAACCCUCGUCUUCUUCUUCUUUCCCUUCAAAUUCUACUACUGUUAGUCUAGGUUUCUCAAAAGCCUUAGCUACUACACCUCUGACAAUCUCAAAAUCCUAUCAAAACAAACUCAGAGUCUCUGCAACAAAUGAUAAUGACAUUGCUGACACUACUUUAUCCACUAAUGGUUCUGCUCCUUCAACAGCCAGAUCAAAGGCGAGGAGGCAUACAAUUUCAGUGUUUGUUGGAGAUGAAAGUGGGAUGAUUAAUAGGAUUGCUGGGGUAUUUGCAAGGAGAGGGUAUAACAUAGAGUCACUUGCUGUUGGUUUAAACAAGGACAAGGCAAUGUUUACUAUUGUUGUAUCUGGUACUGAAAGGGUGUUGCAACAAGUUGUUGAGCAGCUUCAAAAGCUUGUCAAUGUUUUGAAGGUUGAAGAUCUCUCUAAUGAGCCGCAGGUUGAGCGUGAACUAAUGCUUGUAAAAGUGAAUACAGAUCCAAAGGACCGGGCUGAGAUCAUGUGGUUGGUGGGCAUCUUCAGAGCAAAAAUCGUGGAUAUCUCAGAACAUACAGUGACAAUUGAGGUAACUGGAGAUCCGGGGAAGAUUGCUGCUGUCCAAAGAAACCUAAGCAAGUUUGGAAUCAGGGAAAUUGCAAGAACAGGAAAGAUUGCAUUGAGAAGAGAAAAAAUGGGCGCAUCUGCUCCAUUUUGGAGAUUUUCAGCUGCUUCUUAUCCUGAUCUUGGAGAGAAAAGGCUUGCUGAUACUGGUUUGAGGGCUAAAAAAGGAGCAGUUGCCAGAGAAGAUGAUAUGUCUGCUGGGGGAGACGUUUAUCCAGUGGAGGCUUCUGAUGAUUUUACUCUUAAUCAAAUUCUUGAUGCUCAUUGGGGUGUUCUCACUGAUGAAGAUACAGCUGGACUUCAAUCUCACACUUUGUCCUUGCUUGUAAAUGAUCAUCCUGGAGUUCUUAACAUUGUUACAGGGGUCUUUGCUCGAAGGGGCUAUAACAUUCAGAGUUUGGCUGUUGGGCAUGCAGAAACUGAGGGUCUCUCUCGUAUUACAACCGUUGUGCCUGGUACAGAUGAAUCAAUUACCAAGUUGGUGCAGCAGCUUUAUAAGCUAGUAGAGAUUCAUGAGGUAAGGGAUCUUACCCAUGUGCCAUUUGCUGAAAGGGAAUUGAUGUUAAUAAAGAUUGCUGUGAAUGCUGCUGCUCGACGAGAUGUUCUCGACAUUGCCAGUAUUUUUAGGGCCAACGCUGUUGAUGUAUCUGACCAUACAGUAACUCUUGAGCUCACAGGUGAUUUGGACAAAAUGGUUGCACUGCAAAGGUUGUUGGAACCCUAUGGCAUUUGCGAGGUAGCAAGAACUGGGCGAAUAGCAUUGACACGUGAAUCAGGCGUUGAUUCUAAAUACCUCCGUGGAUAUUCUUUUCCUGUGUAAAUUGACAACUUGGGGGAUGCUUCUUGCAGUGAUAAAGAUAUUCCAGUUAGUUUCAUAUUCGUGCAGUGCUGGCAUAUAAAUUUUGGAGAUAUUUAUAGUGAAAGUAAAGGCAAAUUGAAUAAAAGGUUUUUCUAGGAAGACUAGCCAUAAAGUACCAGUAUGCAGCUUGUCAAUCUUGUUAGUUUUUUGAGUUCCAUUAGAAUGCAAGUUCUUUAUUACAUGUUACAAUGAACAAAGCUGCCAAAGGUUUGGCAUGGCAAUGAAACUUAUCCUGGUUCUAGUUC